GUCACAUGCAAUAAUCGAUAUAAUAAUCCCCCACUCUCCCUCUUCCUUGUUUCAUCAUAUACACCAUUCAUAUCAAAGAUAGUCUAUACCGUCGAGCUGGUCUCUCAGAUACAGCAGUCCCGGUUCGCAGUUCAGUCAGUUCUGCAGUCCACGUCAAAACGUUGCAAUAAUGUCAUCAAGUAUUGGUCGAGUUAUUGUUUACGGAGGCAAAGGUGCUCUAGGCAAUGUUUGCGUCAACACAUUUAAAACCCAUAAUUAUUGGGUUGGAUCUAUUGAUAUGAAAAUCAAUGAAGCAGCAGAUGCCAAUAUAGUUAUUAAUAAUGAACAUAACUGGCUUGAACAGGAAGAAAAUAUUUUAUCACAAGUUAAAGAGCUACUAGGAGAAGAAAAACUUGAUGGUGUAAUUUGUGUUGCUGGAGGAUGGGCUGGUGGCAAUGCCUCCAAUAAAGAUUUUGUCAAAAACACUGACCUCAUGUGCAAACAAAGUAUUUGGAGCUCUGUGAUUGCAGCUAAAGUUGCAGCUCAUUAUCUAAAAGAAGGAGGAUUUCUUUCAUUGACCGGGGCUAAAGCUGCUCUGGAAGGAACACCUGGAAUGAUCGGAUAUGGAAUGGCCAAAGCUGCAGUUCAUCAAUUGACAAAAUCAUUAGCAUCUACAGGUGGUGGGUUACCAACUGAUUCAUUGGUAGCAAGUAUUUUACCAGUUACUUUAGACACUCCUAUGAACCGUAAAUGGAUGCCUAAAGCUGAUACUUCUACUUGGACUCCAUUGGAAUUUGUAGCAAAUUUGUUUUUAGACUGGUCUCAAAACAAAAAUAGACCAGCCAAUGGAAGUCUUCUGCAACUUAUCACAAAAGAUAAUAAAACUGAAAUUGUUUCCGAAUAAUCUGAAAAUAUAUCUAUUGUAAAUGAAAAAAAUCAAGACAAUACUCAUUAUAUCAUUAAUGAUUUAUUUGCCGUAAUGGAAAAAAAUUAUCGGCAAUUUUCUGAUGGUACAAAAGGACAAACAAAAACGUGCAUUUAUGUUGUUACACAAAGUACUUAUACUAAUGUUAUUAGAUAUAAGUCCAAGAUUAAAUAUAUUAUGAAUAUAAAUUA